AUGGCGGCAGGCGUACCACUUGUGGGCAUCCCAAUAAUUGCUGAUCAAUUUGCGAAUGUGCAGAAUUACGUUCGUCACCGCAUAGGAGUAAAGCUUACGUGGAACGACUUCACUGAAGAAGGCUUUAGAGACGCAAUACACUCUGUAUGGAAAGAUGAAAGGCAACUACCGUCGCAAUAUAGUCCGUCUGCGCGCGCUGCUGCACGACGAGCGCCUGCCGCUGGCGCGCGCGCUACCGUGCUGCGGCACGCGGGCACGCCGUAUCUGCGCGCGCCCGCCGCCAACAUGCACUGGGCGCACUACUACCAGCUGGAUCUAAUCGUGCUCCUCGCCGCGGUUGCGCUCCUCGCCUGCUACGCUGUUUACACAGGCGCUAAGAUUCUUCUCAGGCUCGUUUGGAGAAAUUGUUCAAUGUUCCUUGCACGAAUUCUCCAAAUUAGAAGAAUAGAAGAAAAAAUUAUAUUAUAUACAGAAGCAGCUAAAAUACUAGCCGUAUUCCCAACUCAGUCAAUCAGCGACUAGGUGGUGCUCCGUCCCCUGAUGCGUGAACUAGCGGCGCGCGGCCAUGAAGUGGUUGUUAUCACUCCAUUUCCCGCGUAUCCCGCAGGAGGGGGUCCGGCGAAUUUAACUGAAAUUGAUGUUAAAUACACUGGUGAAAAGAAGAGUAGACUUUCUGAUAUGGACGAUGAAUAUUACAAUAUAAGAAUCAGCACUGAAAGAUCUAUGUCAAUUGUUGCAAAAAGAUUUCAUGGACACCUAAAUACUCAUACAGUGCAAAAUCUUACAUUCAUUGAGAAGAUUUACGAAAUAUAUAAUUACAUUUAUAUAAGUGAUUUGUGUGAUUCUUUUGAAAAAACAGAAAAUGAUAAAUUGAAAGCUAUUUUCGGUUCCAACAUGCCAUCUCUGAGUGAGCUGACCAAUAAUAUACACUUGCACAUGAGCAAUAUACAUCGUACAUGGGAACUGAACCGUCCGGUGCCGUCAAGUGUCAUUCAAGUUGGUGGGAUACAUCUCAACUACCGGCAUAAUAUAAUCUGGUUUCGGGACCAGUUGCGUGACGUGCAAAUGCAGCCGCUGGCACGCGCUGUCUGGUGGACGGAGUACGUGCUAAAGUACGGGGGCGCGAUGCACUUGCGCGCGCCCGCAGCCAACAUGCACUGGACGCAAUACCACGAAUUGGACUUGCUCGCGUUGCUCGCUGCCUUCGUGUUCCUCGUCUGCUUUGCUGUUUACAUAGCUAUUAAAAUUCUUCUCAGAAUGAUUUGCAGAAUAUUGUAUGUCGGCUUAAAACUCAGCGAAUCGAAGGUAGUAGCCUCCGGAGAAGAUGCCAGGGCAAUGGGGCUCGCCCCGAGACCCCUACCUCUCCCGCCCUUACAAUCUGGCGGGUGUUUAAAAGACCCCUCGUCGUCAAAAUCCACGCAGACGAAAUAA